AAGUAGGUAUGUAGUUCAUUACUAUCUCGUAAAGUGAAAUUUACGAAGGCUAGUUUCACCAUGACCACAUGCGUUUCAAGCCCAUCCUGUUUCAGCUAUUCAGAAAUUUCAUUUGAUAAUCAGAAUUGGACACUUACCAUGAUAGAGGAUUGUCUCUCGACUUUCCAGCUUCCACUAGAAGUCAUUUUUAAUACCAGCUAACGAUAUUACAGUAUAAUAUACAGUACAAUAUUGUUGCAAAGAGUGUCAGUGACUCAUACUCUGUGGUUUCUAUCUCGUUCCCUCUGUAUGAUUGCAGGACAGCGGCCUGCGUUACAGCUAUUUUCUUAUGUCUUCAGUUCUCGAUAUGGUUGAAUAACCAUCCCGCUCUGAGGGUGUCCUAAAUCUAUUGGUUAGAUCGUUGUUUAUAUUGACGUGAUUAAUCUAUCGUAUGUUUUGUCGUCACGAGAUAGAUUUUGACACGGGCGACCAACUACUAACAAGCACACGGUCGUAUUCGCGAAAGAGCGACUUGGCCGCUUUGUAGAUUACAGUCAUAUGUUGCUGAUCUAAUGCCAGGAAGACACCAGGCAGACACCCUCGAGUGGCAUGAGUAGUAUCUAGGAAUGCAGGAGGAUUCCAAAGUGGAGAAAAUAUUAGGUUCCAAUUACUUAUUUCCAUUCUUCUGUUGGGCUGCCUCGUCAGUAAACCAUGAAGCAGACGGAAACACAAUGCUGUAAAGAGUUGUCUUCAAGGCCUAAAAUAAACAAUAUCGCAAGAUUUCUCUGAAUGGUAUAAAAGAGCAAGCAACAUGCAGACAUCAAAGCCUGACGAGUGCGAAGUUUGCCUGGAUUUGUUUAAUGGUAAUGACAAAAGGCCUCGGGUCUUCCCCUGCGGCCACACCUUUUGUUCGCUCUGCAUCGAGAACCUUCUCCAAAAUGGCUCGGUGACCUGUCCAAAUUGCCGCGUCCAACACCGUGCCUCGAACGUCGCCAUCUUCCCGGUUGUGUUUAUCUUGGAAGAUUUCAUCAAGAAACGUAAUCCCAGCACAACUGAAAGACUAGCCGCUGGACAACCUCCUUGGAAGAGAUUCGGAAAGAAAAUCGCUAAAGAAAAGGAAGAACAAGAGGCGUCCUUUCGCAACCUUAGAAUCGCUUACAAGGCCAAGUAUUCUCAACUAGACGAUUACGCCGCUUGCCUUUAUGAUUGGGAGUGCCAACAUCAGGAACUCGAUGCCAAACUUCGUGACGUGCUCGAGAAGCAGAGGAUUAUAAAAUUGAUGCUGGAAGAAGAGAAAAGAUUGGUAAAAGCACAACAGCACGAAGCCGGGAACCACAAAACUGCUGGACGUAGCAGUAGAAUCACUAGAAGCAGCAACCGAUGCAGGAACUGA